CUUAGCAACGCCUAUCAAAGUCUGGGAGAUGUUAAAACAGCCAUAGGCUACUAUAAACAUCACCUGAAAAUUGCGAAAGAAUUGGGUGACAGAUCGGAUGAAGGAAAGGCGUAUGGAAAUCUUGGAGUCGCCUAUUACAGACUGGGAGAAUUUAAAACAGCCAUAGACUAUUAUGAACGUCACCUGAAAAUUGCAAAAGAACUGGGAGACAGAUCAAGUGAAGAAGAGGCAUACUGGGAUCUUGGCAACGCCUAUCAAAAACUGGGAGAUUUUAAAAGAGCUAUAGAAUGCCACGAACGUAUUCUGCAAAUUUCGAAAGAAUUGGAUGACAGGUCAAUUGAAGGAAAGGCGUGUGGAAAUCUUGGUAACGCUCAUCAAUGUCUGGGAGAUUUUAAAACAGCCAUAGAAUACUAUGAACGUCACCUAAACAUUGCGGAAGAAUUGGGUGACAGAUCGGUUAUAGGAACAGCUUAUGGAAAUCUUGGCAGCGCCCAUCAAAGUUUGGGAGAUAUUAAGACAGCCACAGACUACAAUGAACGUCAUCUAAAAAUUGCGAAAGAAUUGGGUGACAGAUCGAGCGAAGGAACCGCAUACGGAAAUCUUGGAAACGACCACUUUUUACUGGGAAAUUACAAAACAGCCAUAAAUUACCAAGAACGUUAUCUGAACAUUGCCAAAGAACUGGGUGACAAAUGGAAUGAAGGAAAGAUUUAUGGCAGUCUUGGUGGCUCCUAUCAAAAACUGGGAGAUUUUAAAACAGCCAUAGACUAUCAUGAACUUGACCUAAAAAUUGCAAAAGAAAUGGGAGACCGAUCAGGGGAAGCAGCCGCACUUGGCAAUCUUAGUAACGCCUAUCAAAGUCUAGGAUAUUUUAAAAGAGCCAUAGACUACCUUGAACGCACCAUGAAAAUUGCGAGAGAACUGGGUGACAUUUUUCAAGAAGGAAUAGCCUGUGGAAAUAUUGGUUCUAAUUUUGCAUGUCUUGGCCAAUACCCAGAGGCUAUUAGAUAUUGCCAGCGCGGUGUUACUUUGUACAAUAAUAUUAGAAAUAGUCUUCAGUUGAACGACGAGUGGAAAAUAAGCUUGCGUGAUCGAUACCAAAGACUAUACAUCAUACUCUGGACCUUGAUGUUAGAAGAAGGCAAGGUUACGGAGGCUUUGUUUUCUGCCGAGCAAGGACGGGCACAGGGUCUAAAAGACCUUAUGGAAUUAAGUUACGCAUUUGAAGAGAAUGCGGAAUUAAUUAAAGAAAUCAGAAACUUUCAGGAACUGUGCAGUGGUCUUCCUCCGAAUACCAUAUUUAUGGCAAUUGGAAAUAUGAAGGAGUUAGUUUUCUGGGUUUGUCGGAAAGGAAAGGAGGUUGAAUUAAGAAGAAAGCAAAUCAGGUCGCAGUAUGAAAUCAAAGAUUUUUUUCAGUCUCUUUUGAAGAAAUUCGGUGCACGUAAUUAUGUGCAGUGUGAAGAUCGCUCACUUGAAUCGGCAAAGAAUCAAAGACUGCCCGAUAAAACAUCACCUCAAGAUGGCAGCCAAAACCAGCAGUUUUACCUUCAAGAAAGAGUUUUGAGCACAUUUUACGACACUGUCAUUAAUCCUAUUCAAGAUCUUUUUUCAAGCAGUGAACUCGUAUUCAUUCCAGACGGUCCACUUUGCUUAGCUCCAUUUGCUGCAUUCAAGGGACCAGACUCCAAGUACCUUUGCGAAUCUUUCAGAAUUCGCGUGGCUCCAUCCCUCACCAGCUUAAAAAUGAUUGCGGAUUGUCCGGUAGAUCAUCAUCUCACAUCGGGCGUGCUUCUCGUCGGUGAUCCGUGGGUGCAAGAUGUGACGACGUUAGAACAGUUGCCAUUUGCCAGACAGGAAGUAGAGAUGAUUGGUAGAGUACUUGGCUGUACGCCUCUUAUUGGAAGACAGGCCACAAAAGAUGAGGUGUUAAAACGACUCGGCUCAGUUGCUUUGGUCCACUUCGCUGCACAUGGCAGCAUAGAAGCAGGCGAAAUUGCCUUAGCACCCAAAAAUGGUGAGAUGGAUUUUAUUCUGACGAUGAAAGAUGUAAAGCGUGUUCAGAUGCGUGCAAGGCUGGUUGUACUCAGUUGCUGCCACAGUGCUCACGGCGAGAUCAAAGCAGAGGGUGUGGUCGGCAUAGCACGGGCAUUCUUAGGUGCUGGUGCUCGCUCUGUUCUGGUAUCAUUGUGGGCGAUUGACGACAAGGCCACUCUUGAGUUUAUGAAACAUUUCUAUCAGCAUCUUGUGGAAGGAAAGAGUGCUAGUAAAGCCCUAAACCAAGCAAUGAAUUGCAUGAGAGAAUCCAGAGAAUUUAGCGCUGUAAAUCACUGGGCACCGUUCGUGCUCAUUGGUGAUGACGUCACAUUUGAAUUUGGUGAGAGCAAAUAG